AAAAAUUGACCCAUGAAAUCAUUUGAACGAUUUCCUUAGGUAUUUUUUAUAAUUGUUUUGUUAGGAUUUUAUUCACUGUGUGCAUCUACUCAAUCUCCGUUCGACCAUGAUUCAGUGCUCACAUUCUAAUCUCUCCUUCUUCGAGUGUUUGCAAUGUCUCACAAUGUUAGGGUACCGGGUAGUACUGGCGUGGUGAUGCCGCCACUGAAUUUCGUGACCGUGCGCUACGUUUUGGAAACUGAGGCUUUGUGACGAGCGAACAGCUUUUCGCUUACUAGUUCAAGCGACCGCUAACAGCUGUGAACACCAAUCUUGUCAGGAGCACGGCACAUCUUCCGGAUAAUAGUAUCAGCGUUGUUAUGGCCAUGGCCUAACUCUCUUCACCUAGAGCUGUGGAAUUCUACUCCCUCCACAGUCCCCCACCCGACGUCUAAUGGCUAGUUUUGAAUGUAGCUUUGGGUGGACAUGCGAGUCCCUGUAACAGCAAGAGAAGUUGCUACAAACUUCACGGAACGUCUACAAGAACAUUGUCAUGGGUCCAUGGACCAGAGCUGAACUCUGCUUGGUUACAACUGCCUCAUAGCCAGCAAUUUUGGAACAACAAUUUCAGCCAAUGGCUGCACACAGUGACAAUUGGAUGUAGUUCUUGUUUCUGCAUGGAGUGGCUGCUGUUUGUCCAUGGAGUGGCUGCUGUUUGUCCAUGGAAUGGCUGCUGUUUGGCCACAGAAUGCCUGCUAUUUUGCCACGGCAUGCCUGCUGCUUGGACACGGAAUGCCUGACAUUUGGCCGCGGAAUGCCUGACGUUUGGCCUCGGAAUGCCUAACCUUUGCCCACGGAAAGCCUGACGUUUGGACACAGAAUGGCUGCACGGUGGUUUCGGUACGCUUGGCACGUAAAUACCUGCAAACAUGUACCAGUGUCUCUGCAAGGAAACGGAUGGAGUUCAUGUCCACGGGUCACUUUGCUAGUGACUGAAAGGAGAAGAUUUACCGGCAUACUUCUGGAAACGUUCUCCUCACCUCCAGAAGCGCCGUUCAUAUCAAUAUUCACAGCCACACUUGUUCCUGUAUUGCCAGCUGCUACAUUCUGUGAUCCAAUGGACAUUCUACCAAAAGAUCUACCGGCAUACUUCUGGAAACGUUCUCCUCACCUCCAGAAGCGCCGUUCAUAUCAAUAUUCACAGCCAUUCUUGUUCCUGUAUUGCCAGCUGCUACAUUCUGUGAUCCAAUGGAAAUUCUACCAAAAGAUUUACCGGCAUACCUCUGGAAACUUUCUCCUCAUCUCCAGAAGCGCCGUUCAUUUCAAUAUUCACAGCCAUACUUGUUCCUGUAUUGCCAGCUGCUACAUUCUGGGAUCCAAUGGAAAUUCUACCAAAAGAUCCACCGGCAUACCUCAGGAAACAUUCUCCUCACCUCCAGAAGCGCCGUUCAUAUCAAUAUUCGCAGCCAUCCUUGUUCCUGUAUUGCCAGCUGCUACAUUCUGUGAUCCAAUGGGCAUUCUACCAAAUUGGCCAGGUUCACCGGCAGUGUUUUCGUGAAGUCCUGAAAAGAGGUCUUGUUUGCAGACAGCAUGGGCACACAGCCUCGUCAUGGACUUGGGGCGUCAAUGGCUGCAUAUGGCAACUGCUAGUUUGUCUGAAAACUACAUCUCACAACCUCAGUGGAUCCAGCUUGCCCAGUAUUGGAGAGACUCUGAUGACCUUAGCCAUCCAAAACCACCAAGCCAACUCAAGUUGAGAGUAUUAUGUUGUCUGAACCUGUCAUAGUAAGUUCCGUCAUCAUAAUAACUUGUCUGAUCACAGAAUCACUGCCUCGCCUAACAGCUAUCAUCGCAUUCGGGAAAGAGCAUUCCCAAAGGUGUGUUGGCGUGUGUUCCGUUGUCUGAUGACUGUGUGUGCAGCAGCAAAUAACACAGCAGCAGCAAAAAACACAGGUCAACUGUUCAGCUGCGUGAAAUCAUACCCUGCUGCAGCUGUUGACUUCAUGUACAGCUGCAGUGAUGUUUACAUUCUAGUUUUUAAAGUGGCUGCUUUGUAGCACUUUCUGCAAUGCUUACAUGUUGUACUUGUAACACUGCUGCUGCUGCUGCUGCUGCUGCAUGUUGUACUGAGCGGACGUAUGCACUGGUACAUCAAUACUGUGUUACUUGCUAUACUGGAAGUGCAGUGGUGCCAACCUAUCAUGAAUAUUCAGUGAUUGGUAUACUGUGGCACUGCCCUUGCCAUCACUUAUCUAGCCAACUUGCAGUGCAACGGUGCGGUUAUUGCGCUUGUAGUAUCGCACUGGUGUUGUUCUUCUCACCCCCCCCCCCCCCCCCGUCUGUCUGUCUCUCUCUCUUCUUGAUCGAUCGAGUGUGUGCAGCUGUGAUUCUGUUCUUGCUUUGUUUAUACCGUCAUGAUUGUGUUCUUUCUGUGUGUUUCUCUGCAGUCCCUGCCGUUCUUGUGUUGUGUGUGUGUGUGUAUGGUGAUGGGUGUGUCAUCAGCUUAAUGCAUGGCUGACUAGCUACACUCCCCAGCAUGCACUCUCAUACUUGACUCUAAGGCAAAGUGACUGAGUAGCCAUGGUAGCUGCUAUCUUGUUAGACUGUGUCCUAGUACUUGUGUUCUUGGCAUGAUAGGUAGAAAUUUGAUUGAUUGACUGUCAUCAGGUGGAAUCAGAGUUGCUGUUGAGUACUUUGCAAAUGGUGCUAGGACUUGCUCAACUCUGAUUGGCUGAGGGCAGUUGACUGAUCAUUUCAGGUGUGAAGUUCAGAGCCAGGAUAGGCUAUAAAAGUAAU